UUAAAUGUCACAUGUGUCUGGACGUCUUGUUCACUGUUCAAGAAACACCAGACAUGGAGAUUCAAGUGGUCAGGUCUGUAUAUGUGUGUUUGUGUGUGUGUUUGUUUGUUUGUAUAUACAAGGCUGUGUGCCGUGACGUCUCCAGAAAGAAGGGAGUGAAGAAGCUGCUGUACAUAAUUGGCUUGCUCCUCUGCUCCGGCCUCUCGUUACAGUAGAUUAGACCGGGCUGCACCGUUGCUGUGUAGACUCAAGACUCUGUUUUGUGCCUGCAGUUAGCUCAGAGCUGCAGCAGCCUCCUUUUGGUUUGAAGUAUGGUGGAAACGCUGACUUUGCUGCAAUCAUGUAUUUGGUAUGUUUUAGGUCCACACAACCAAAAACAAGUGAAUCGGAGUGUAUGAAUGAAUCCAGUAUUUGUAAGUUGAGCUUAAUAUCCUGGAGUCACAGCUGAAUAUGCAUGGGCCUAUAGAGCUGAACCGAUUAAUCGGUUUAGUCGAUCAGCUAUAACUAUUUAGCUAUACCACAUUAGUUGUUUGUCUUUUUUGCAGUUGCAGUUAGUCUAUGGUUUGUGUUAUCUUUUUUUUUUUUCCCAAGCACAACUAAUUGCUGGGUUGCAGAUGUAAAUAUCUGUCUCCUUUUAUACCCAUAAAACCUGUUUCAAGGUUGUUUCCUGUUGUCAUUUCUAAAGACGAGGUUGGUAAAGAUCAAGACGAGCACCUUCAGUCGACUUUGUGCAGCUAUGUAGUAGCUCGUGAGAUCAAAUAGCAUCUUUCUCACCAGACCAAGUUCUACUAAACUGGUGGGAAUGCACCCUCAGGUUUAAGCCAAAACUAAGGCGUAUUAUUGCACCCAUGUAAAAGUAGUUACACAUUGACAUGAACUAGGUCAAUAACAUGAAGCUUCCAAAUGUUACUUCCACACAUACACGCACCUUGCUUUAUCAGAACAGUCGGCCACAUUGUCCAUUGUGGCUAGCUGGGCGUUGGCCACUCGGUUUCGUGGAGUCCCAGUAGGUUGACCUGCUGCUCGUCAGACGGGGUUGGACCAAUAAAUGAUUUACCAUCUUUAAGAGGACCCAACAGUAGCAGACCGUCGUGCACAACUCGUACAACACAAAUCAACGUUGGUAAAAGAAUCUGAGAUACAGUACAGCUAGCUUUAACCACGGCCUACGAUGGGAUGGACAUAAACCCACGGGAGACUUUCUAUAUUUUACAUGAAUAUUUCAAGUUACAUCAUUUCAGAAAUGUUGUCAUGUUCCUGUGACGAGUUCACCUCACAGAGACGACGCACACAAAGUCGAGGACUCUCCCACUCAGCCGAAGGCCACCACUCCCGGAUUUUAACAACCCCUGCUCUUGUUGGCCGACAUGUUUCAUUAUACUAGCCAGAAGCAGACGUGUUGCUGCAGGCACUCCUGCAGCCAGUCUCACAUGAAGAUGCUUUUCAGAGCGCUGGCGAGAUGCGUUGCAUGUGACUGCAUGUUCGUUUCCACGCGCAUGCAUUUGUGAUAAGGGCAAGAGAAUGCAAUGCCCACAUAGUGAAGCUUAUCUAAGCUUUAUCUCUGACACCAGGUUAUGCAAUGAGUUUACUGCACAGGGUUGCUUCCUCAGUCACGGACCAGCGCAGGGAGAUUCAUUGAUAAACACUUGUUUGUAUAUGUAGAGGUUACAUGUUUUUCAGGAUGAGGAUCGGAGACAGAUGUUCAUACACACUUGUGUGUGAGAGUCAGCUUUGAUUCAAGACAUUAAAAGGCUGACAUAACAGAGAACGGCCAUAAAAGCAAUUUACAUUCCCCGUCAUGUGCUCCCAUCACAAAGUUGCCUCUGAACAGUUCCAGAGCAAACCGAGGCGGCUACGUUAACGUCACCGAGAGUGGGAGUGUUGGCCACAGAAGGAAGAGGAAAGGGAAGAAGAGAGGAGGGGGGAGGUCGUGUCUGAAAUGGCAGCAUUGCAUAACUUCUCAGAGAGGGAACAGAAGGAAAGCGAGGGGAAAUGCAAAGCAAGGGAGGAGGAAGUGUGUUACUGGUACUUGUGGAUGUGAGGCUUGGCACCGGCUUGUUUUUUAGUUUUUUUUACUUUAUAACUGGCUGAGAGAGUUGCAGAGGAGUGACUGAGAGUUUUUCUUUUUUUUAAAGUACAUGAGAGCAGGAGCAAAACAAAGGUGUUGCAACGGAGAGAUCGGAAACCUCUGGGUGGACCUUGUUGUUAUCCCAGGAGCACAAAGGGGCAGACACACAGACCUACACACACGCCCUCUCCUUCGGGGCGUGCACACACUUGUAGACAGACACAACCCAGAGAAAGGGAAUGUGAGGUGCACUGCUACCUGUGGAGUACCAGCUGCCGGUGAAAAGAAAAAACGUGUUUUAAUGUGGCUUUCCUCUUGCUGGACUUCUCUUCAGCCUUCUGCCGCUGUUGUGUGUUUAUUUUUUUUCCCCGCACUAUUCCUUGUGCUUGUUUUGGGAGUAUGAAUCUUUGAUCUUGCCGGGUGAAUGAAGCCUCCCCUCAGCAUGGUGCAGAGGAAAAUGACUGUCACGUCAGUCCUCCAGCUCAAACUCCAGCAGAGACGUACAAGAGAGGAGCUGGUCAGCCAAGGGAUCAUGCCACCACUGAAGAGCCCAGCAGCCUUUCACGAGCAGCGGAGGAGUCUGGAGCGAGCAAGGACCGAGGACUAUCUGAAGAGAAAGAUCCGGAGUCGUCCUGAGCGCUCUGAGCUGGUCAGGAUGCACAUUCUGGAGGUGUCCUGCACAGAGACGUCGGCAGAGCCGUCCCUGCAGGCCAAGCAGCUGCAGCUGAAGCGAGCGCGGCUGGCCGACGACCUCAACGACAAGCUCUCCCACAGACCGGGCCCCAUCGAACUGGUUCACAAGAACAUCCUGUCUGUCGACUGCCCGAACUCACCGCUGGAUUCUCAGAAGGGAGAGAGCUCGUCUCUAGACGACGACAGCAGCGAUGCUCUGUCACCAGACCAGCUGACCAAUCACGACUCUCCCCUCAGUGCCGUCCCUCAGCUGUCCCCUCCUGACGUGCUCACCCAGAACGGGGACAUGUCCCCCACACAGUUCAUCACACAGUGCCCUCCACCUCCUCCUCCACCACCUCCUCCCCAGGUGAAUGGGUCCGACUUCUCCCCAUUCCCAAGAGUGAAAAAUGGAACGAUGGUGAUCCUAGCAAGCUCCCGCUCCUCUACUGGACAUGUCAAGUCUCAGACUAAGACGAGUUCAGACCGUCCCUCACAGAGACCUAAGAAACCAAAGGACAGCAAACCCAAGGUGAAGAAGCUGAAGUACCACCAGUACAUCCCUCCAGACCAGAAGGCAGAUAAAGAGCGUCCGCCCCAGAUGGACUCAUCCUAUGCGAAGCUCCUCCACCAGCAACAGCUUUUCCUGCAGCUGCAGAUCCUCAACCAGCAACAGCAGCACUAUAACUACCACACCAUCCUGCCCGCCCCUCCCAAGCCACCAACCGAGCAGCAUCCUACAACCAACUCUGGCCCUUCUCCCUCCCGAAGUGUUCCCACCACGACCACCCCCAACCCCUCCAAUCAGAGCGGGACUGCCCGUCAGAGCCAAACUGCAUUGGGAGGAGCCAGACCAAGCACUCUGCCCGCCAACCUGGACGAGUUCAAAGUCGCCGAGUUAAAACAGGAACUGAAAUUGCGUGGUUUGACCGUCUCGGGCACUAAGAACGAUCUUAUCGAGAGGCUCCGCAACUACCAGGAGCAAAAUGGUGGCACCACAGCGGUGUCCAAAAAUGGUAACCCGCAGGGCGCCAUCUCAGCUGCUGGCCCCAUCACAUCCUCUCCGACCACAACUACCACCCCUGACCACCAAUUGGGAGAGGGUGGGUUUAAGUUAGAUUUGUCAUCAUUGCCUCAGGUGAUUCCGGGGCGGGUCAUGCGAUUCGGCAGCACCAGCUCCAGCCCUCCGAUGUCACCUACUCCCUCCGAGAGGUCAUUGGCCGGGAUGAGUCCAGAUGAGACGAGCUGUAAUGGAGACAUGUUUGGAGAGAUGGUGAGCUCUCCCCUGACCCAGCUCACCCUGCAACAUUCUCCUCAGCACCCGUCAAACAUUUCUCCGCUCUCCAAGGUGAAAGAGGAGAUGCAGAGCUCAUGCAGCCUCUCCAGGCCUUCACCCGCCUCAUGUCAGCCUCCAGAGCCCCUGUCUGGAGUAGCCAUGGACACGUCCUGUUUGGACAAGGACCAGAUGCUCCAUGAGAAGGACAAACGGAUCGAGGAGUUGACCAGGAUGCUGAGGCAGAAGCAGAGGCUGGUGGAGACCCUCAGGUGCCAGCUGGAGCAGGGCAAGGUGACGGGCGGAAUAGUGUUGAAGAGGGAAGAAAGUGAGAAGAGCAGAACUUCAGAGGUUAAACCUCAAACUUUGAUAAAAGCCUCCGCCAUUCAGCCCCCCAGUCUCCCCAACGGCAUCGUGGUGAAGGUGAAGAAGGAGGUGGAGCCUGAGGAGGGAAUGGAGGGAGUAACGGAGGCGCUCCAGGCAAAGAAAGCAGCGCAGCCGAUGCAGUGCUCCCAGGAGACUCUACUCAGGCUGCAGCAGAUUCAUCGGCUGCAGAUCCAACAAGCCGAGCAUCAGAAACAGACGCUGCAGCUCAAACAGCAGCAGAGCCAGGAGCAACUGCAGAAAGUGGCAGACGCUAUGUCGAACCCUCAGAAACUACAGCAGCAGAAGAAAGAAGCCCAAAUCCUGCUCCAUCAGCAGCAGCAGCAGCUGCAGCAACUUAUCAUACAGCAAACCCAACAGAAACAGCUCCAGGCACAGCAGAAGUUAGCACAGCAGAAACUCGGCCAACAGAGGCUGGUGCAGCAGAACCAGCUCAAAGAGACUCAAGGGCCAGUUCAACAAAGCCAUCAGACGAACCAGGUUCAGCUGAAGCAAGUUCAGGUGCAGAUCCAGAGGCCUGCAGUGAGCCAAACCCAGCAGAGGAAGCAGCUGAGGGCUCAGCAGCGGCAGCAGGAGAGACAACAAACGGCAGCUGUCACCAGCCAACAGGUGACCCCAGUCUUCAUCAACCAGCAGAACGGCACUCAGAUCCAAACUCAGGCUCUUUCGUUAGACCUCCUCAAGGCAAAUGGCACACCGACACUGGUCACCGACAGCAACGGCAACCACUACCUGAUCGCUCUCACCAGUCACACCACAGACGGACAGAACGGAGUGUCCUCAUUGGCCAAAGCCAACGGGCGCAUCACACUGCAGAGGUUGCAGUCAACUCCAAGUAAACUCCCCAGCACCGACAGCCAAUCAAAGGAGCCACCAGAGGCCGAGCCAAUCAAAAAGGGACAGAAGGCCGGCCUGCACCUGGACACCGAUGGCGUACCUCAACCCAGCCUGGCGGUCACUGCUCCGCCCAGUCUGCAGCCGUUCUUUGAAGACAUGUCAGACAGUGAAAGCCAAAGCAGCCUAAUCUCAUCACUUAAGAGAGAGGAGGUGUGUCCGCCUUAUGACCGGCACACACUGUUCACCCCUCCCUCUCCCAAACCCAACACCUCCCUUCCUACUCAACGCUCCAAACAGGAGAACGGCGUCAACAGUCAGCAAAUGGACGACCUGUUUGACAUCCUGCUCAAGAGUGGAGAAAUCCCCGGCUUUAAGGCCAACCCGGACCCUUCCCUCGCAGCACUCCACUCUGACCCACCCUCCCCAUCCUCUCCCCCAUCUCCCCUCCACCUCUCCCCUCCCACGCCUACAGACCCUCUCAUCUCCCCUCAGCCUUCUGUGGGAGAGCCCUGCACGGGCAGCGGCCGCCUGGAGGACUUCCUGGAGAGCACCACGGGCGCCCCGCUGCUGGGCGUGGAGCCCGGCGGCGGCCUGACGCUGAUCGACGACCUUCACAGCCAAAUGCUGAGCACGCCCAGCAUCCUGGACCACCCUUCCACCCCCAUGGACACGUCCGACCUCGGCUUCUCCCCCCACUCCACGGGGCUGGAUUUUGGCGACCCCACCCUGGACAGCAUGGACUGGCUGGAUAUUUCCAUGGUGGGGAGUGCCAGCGGUGGGAGUGGGGGCAGCGGAGGAGGAGGGGGAGCUGGUGACGGAGACGGAGGAACGAGCCUGGCCCCACUGGUGCCGCACACUCCGCCGAGCGUCUUCUCGGCCGAUUUUCUAGACAGCACGGACCUGCAGCUGCACUGGGAGUCGUGUCUGUAGCCCCGCACUGCCCUGGACACGCACCCGCUCACACUGUGCACAGGCGCCGUCUUUAUUUCACGCACAUGUAGAAAUAUUUUCUAUGCUGUCUCUACCACUGCGGGAGGGGGGGCGGGGGGUCACUGGCACAUGCAAACACACACUUUUACACAGUUUGCCCUGUCUUACACUGGCUGUUACCUUAUGCAGGAUGAGGCGAAAUACGAGAGAAACAUAGAAGUUAAAUUCAGAGGAAGGACUUGAACUUGGUAGAACUGAAGUGGACUUUUUGAAAUGUAAUUCUAUGGGGAUCCAUACAGCAGACUGUUCACAUCCAAGCUGAUAAAAUCCCAUUUCCUGUGUCCCGACCUGCAUUGUUACCAGAUUAAAGAGAGGUCUCUGUAAUGCAACAUUUCAACCCUUGGAAACGGUUUGACAGAGUAGCGCUGAGGAGGGGCCGACGUUUACCCGGGCUCCUCCACAUAGCAGAGUGUGUCAGUGCCUCCUAAACUUUGCACUUAUGCUGAACCUGAUUGGUUUAAAGGGGGGGUGUCAACAGGUCAACAGUCGAGUCAUAAUGCUGUCUGAGUGAAAGCCACCAUGUGUUAAUCAGCUAAAGUGUGACCGAGUCACCUCACUCAACCUGAAACCCAUCCUCACUUCUCAAAAAUCACAACCGUCAUGUAUAGUUGUCAGUUGCUUUUGAAAUGAACCAUAUCAGUGGCAACAGUUUGAAUUGAAGCCUCAUAGGAGGUUGCGUAUUAUUGGUAACAUUAUGGUAGACCACUAUGUAUUGCUGUAUAUGGGGUGUAUAUUAUCGAUCGUCCAUAUGACUAUUUUUCUUUGCUGGUUGCUUUAAGAGUGAAGCUAGCCAGCUGGGGAACAUAGGGUGAGGCAGGGCUUCUAAAACACUUGGACCUCAUCAUUUUUUCUAAAGAAAGAAAAGUUUAAAAAAAAUAAAUAUAUUAUAAAAUCACAAUGGAUGUGUCUGUUUUUCUUUUACGUUUUCACAGCAGAUGAACAAAUUGAACAAAACAAAGUGUCCCAUAUGAGUAAAAAGCCAGUUAGUUCACAAAGAACUACAUCUGAGCUUUAUUCAUUACUUCCUUGCAUCUUUAGUGAUCUGCUCACUUUAUGGUCCAGUAAUCCUUGUGACCACAAGAGAGAGCCGUUGUAAAGAAUCCUGCUGUAUUGAACCAACAUUUACAAGCCAUCUGAAUACCAGCAUGGUGGAUGGUUGUUUUUUUAAUUAUGCUCAUAAAAAAUGCAGAUAAUUGACAGUUGACAUAAGUUAAUUUACCCUUUUUGUACUAUACUAGUACUAUACUAUGACUUUUUUUUUUAAAAGUCAUAGUAUAGUACGUGGGGGAAAAAAGUAAAAAAAAAAGUCAAAGUAUAGUCGAUCUAAAAAGUAAUAUUAGAGCAUGUAGAAAAAGUCAGAGUAUCGUAUAUAGAAUCAGGUCAUAGUACAGUGUGUCGUAAGGGUCAUAAAAAAGUCAAAACCAGUAUUUUGGUGGGAAUCCUAUAUAUAGUGACAUGUAAAUGAGUUUUACAGUUGCCUGAGAAAAUGUAAAAUGGCGCAUAUGUUACCCAAAUGCUCCCAUUCUAAUUCUAAGAUUCUGCCUGAACACUCCUCUACCAGGACCUCUCCAACUGGCAUCAGUCUGUGCACAGUUAAUGUUCAUGAUAUGGUUUAUGACUGCAACUGCAUCAUUCCAAAGGGAUAUUCACUGUAAAAGUGUAUAGUUCUGUACGGUGGAAAUGAAUUGCCUUUAUUUUGGUACCGAGACUAUUCAAAAAGACCUUGUAUUUGCGGAGAUAGACUCUCUUCAUUUUGGGCGUGUCAUUUUGGAGUAGGGCCCGGGUCAGAGGCCUACAGUCGGGUUCAGAUUGACUUUCCUUUGUCUCUUCUCUGCUGACUGAUUGUUCACUAAUGAUUCCGUUUAUACUUAGUUAUGGAGGCGUGACUUAGUUAUGUGAUGUGUAGUGAAGUGUAGAACUGCAGUCGAAGAAAAGUAAGUGCUCCAAAACAUUACUUGUAAAGCAAACUAAAACCUCCUUAAAUACAGAAUCAAGUGAUCAUUUUCCUUCACUGGCAAAUAGAAAAAUAAUAUCCUGUGGCAGACAGGUAUAUGCACCUGUAUGGUUUGCUCACUCUCUUGCUGUUGGGUUGCACUAUUUGGUCGUCUUUUUUAUUUAUUUCUUACACCCGUACUCUUCAGCUUCAACAUUAUCCGCUGGGACCUUUCAGACUUACCCUCCCACUUAGAAAUGCUGUAUUCAGAAUGCGUCAGUUCAUGUUGAAAGAAAAUCUUCAGAGUCUUUCAUUUUUUUUAUUUUUUUUAUCUUAUAUUUUAUUCAACAAAAAGCCAAACCCACCCAAGCAUUGUUAU